AUGGUCUGCACCGGAGAACAUUCUCCUGACGGACCAAUACACGCCCAACGUGAAGAUCUCCGAUUUUGGGCCAGCGAAGGCCAGACAAUCUUCAAGGGGAGCAUCUAUCGCGAGCCGGCGUUCCUCGUCGCCAACACACGCAGCCAGAAGUUCUGCAGCACCCCAAUAUACCCCGCGCCUGAGGUGGCCGUGCACGACGCGUUCCCCGCACCGGACGGUUACUCGAACGUCGGCACCCUAUUCGACGCAAACCCGCCGAACACGGGUGCAGUGGGCGCUCGGUACGAGUACGACGUGAGCGAGCAGGCGGAGCGCUUCAUCCGCGCGCUCCUCGCGUCUUCGCCGACCAAGCGCAUGCCGCUCACCAGCGCGCUGGACCACCCAUGGAUCGCCACCGAGACGGAGGACAAAGGCGCGCCCCGGGCGCUCCCCACGACCCCGCCCGCGCUCCACACUCACCCUCCCCUCUUUCCCUUCUGUCGCGGACGCCCCGCCGAUGGGCCUGCGAAAGCUGCCCGGGACGGCGUCGCUGCUCCGCAUGGACGGCGAUCAUGCCGCGGGGGACUCGUACAUGUCCCUCGACGACCCGAGCCUCAUCCUCGCCGUGUACCCGCCGUCGCCUGA